AUGGUAGAAGGGGAACCGAACUCUCCAACUUGGAAGUUCACACAAUGCUUUGGUGAUAAGGGUGAUGUAGAGGACAUUACAGAAGCCGACAUUAUCUCGACCGUCGAGUUCGACCACACAGGCAACUAUCUGGCAACUGGUGACAAAGGAGGGAGAGUUGUGUUGUUUGAGAGGAACGAGACCAAAAAAACAUGCGAGUAUAAGUUUCACACCGAAUUCCAAUCUCACGAACCCGAAUUCGACUACCUCAAAUCCCUUGAAAUAGAAGAGAAGAUCAAUAAGAUAAAGUGGUGCCGGAGGCAGAAUGCUUCUCACUACCUCCUUUCAACGAACGACAAGACGAUCAAGUUAUGGAAGGUCUUCGAGAAGUCCCUAAAGGUUGUGGCGGAGAACAAUCUUUCACACGAUUUGACUCCAGGAAGUGUUGCAGGAGGAGGUGGCGUCAGACCUAUCUCCAAUGUCCAUUUCACCAGCUCUCACGAUCUCAAACUACCCCGCCUUACGCACCAUGACACUGUUGUGGCAGCAGUACCACGUCGAACAUACGCCAAUGCCCAUGCCUAUCACAUCAACAGCAUCUCGGUGAACAGUGACGGGGAGACGUUCAUUAGCAGUGACGAUUUGCGAAUAAACCUCUGGAACUUGAAUAUUCAAGACCAGAGUUUCAACAUUGUUGAUAUCAAACCUGCUAACAUGGAGGAAUUGACAGAGGUCAUUACAGCUGCAGAGUUUCACCCACAGAGCUGCAAUUGGUUCAUGUACGCAAGCUCAAAGGGCACAAUCAAGCUUGCAGAUAUGAGAGAGAGCGCUCUGUGUGAUCAACAUGCAAAACAAUUCGAACAAGAGGAAGAUCCCUCCGCUCGUUCCUUCUUCUCAGAAAUCAUUUCCUCCAUCUCCGAUGUUCGAUUCUCACACGACGGGAGAUAUAUAUUGUCACGUGAUUAUCUCACUGUUAAAAUCUGGGACGUAAACAUGGAGAGGCAGCCUGUAAAGACAAUCCCUAUUCAUGAGCACCUUAGGCCCCGGCUUUGCGACACUUACGAGAACGACAGCAUCUUUGACAAAUUCGAGGUGGUCUUUUCAGGUGAUGCCAAGAAUGUUAUGACUGGGAGCUAUAACAACAACUUCAUGAUCUACCCCUCUGACCCGGAUAAGGAAGUGGAAGUUGUGUUGCAAGCGGACAAAUCGGCAUUCAAGGCUAAGAAGGUGGGUGUGCCAACGCCUAUUAACUCGUCCACCAGCCCGACAGCCACGAACGGAGGCAAGAAGGGUGGCUCAAGAGCUGGUAGCCCCGCAGCUGGAGCGAGUGGUCAGGGUGGUAGAAUGAGAAAAGAGACCGAUGCGGACCAGAUCGAUUUCAACAAGAAGAUUCUGCAUAUGAGCUGGCAUCCAUUUGAAGACAGCAUUGCUAUUGCGGCGACGAACAACGUGAGUGUGAAGGCCAAGCUCUCCUGA